CUGCACCGCGUGGAUAUGCUGCUUUGUUUUGGUCAGUCGUUUAUUAAAGUCGGUCUUGUAUCCACUAAUAUUCGACAAAGGCUUCGGGGUAUCUGUUUUCCAUCGUCUCUUUUCGGGCCAUGCUUGCUUAAUUCCUUCAUUCUCGUUCACAGUCGUUUUUACUUAAUUGCCCCUCCUGGCAUGAGUUCCUUCUCUCGCACAUCAACGCCUAUAUAUCCUGGUUCAGUCGCACUGUUUUUCCCUCGCUGCAUACGACUUCCAGGUAGUGGACAGCCUUCGCGUCACUCAGGCUCUCGGUUUCCCCACAGCCGAUUUGUACGCCCCUUCUCAGAGCGUUUUGACGAACAAUGCGAUCCCAAGCCACCAUUGCACCCCGAGACUCCUCUUUAUGACAGUGGGUUCGUCUGA